GAAUAAUAACUCUGAGCACUCAGAACUGGGUUUCUUCUGGACUUGUUUUAUUGUAUCUGGAAAUCUAAGUCAUGCCACUUGCGGAAAGGAGAACCUGUGAAGCAUACCUUGUAGGAAGCCAUUUCUCUGUGAGUCAGCCUUAACCAUAGCCCUUUCUAGACGGGGCAGGGAAGUAAUUCAAAUACCAAGUGGGUGCAUGCAUAGCUUCAGAAGUUGCCUCUUGGAAAAUGGUGAUCUGUAGUAUUCCAGCCAUUGCCUGCUUGGCCAUCUCUUGAAGCAGGUUCCUGUUCUUCAGUUAAAAGUAGAGAGAAGCUAAACAUUAAGAAAGGGCUAAGUCAACAAGUUCUGGAUGUACAAGAACAAAAAUAUUAAUAUCUCCUACAUCUGAAAAACAAGAAGACUCUUCUGACUGGAAAACUGAAGUCUUCAGCAGCAAAACUUCUAGAGUCAAAAUGAAUACAGGACUUGAUUCCCAGUCUCCAGAUUCAGCUUGGAGAUCAUUUAACAAUGGGAGUAGAGAGACACUGAAUGGAGACACUAGCAGCUCCUCUCUUGCAGCAAAAGGCUUUCGGAGUGUCCGGCCAAAUCUACAAGAAAAGAAAUCACCAACUCAGGCACCCCCAGUACCUCCUAGGAAGGAAAGUUUUGGUAGAUCUGGAAUAACUAAUCACAAGAAGAGUGAAAGUAACUCCUGGUCCUUAACAACCAAACAAACUAAGAAAUCUCCUUCUGAUGCUGACUACUGUACUAACAAGGACUUUCUUCGGAGGACAGUGUAUUCUAAAAAAGCUAACACAAGUGUGUCUUACACACACAAAAUUACUAAGCCACAUGCUUUGGUUUCUAGCACAAAAACAAUAGCUGGCAUUAGAACUGCUGUCCAUCAAGGUCACAAACAACAAUCUCAAAAGCGUAGAGUUUCUGCCCUGAAAUUAACUCGGGCACGAAAUGCAUCUAGUAGUGUUCCCUGUCAUACACAGCAACAGCCUGUGCCUGUUGAAGCAUCAGCAACUCCACGGAGGCCUGUCUCACCUGCCUGUAACCCUGUGCCUGAGAUACACAAAGCAUCUCUCUCCAUUCAGAUAGCUCCCAUCUCUGGUAAUAAAGCAGCACCUGAAAGCCAACAACAUCCACUUAGGCUUUCUGCAGACACUUCAAAGAUGCCUCCAGCCAAUACGCAACCAGUGUCUACAGUUCCUUCUGCACAGUCCACAGAAUGUGAUGUGCUUGGAAACCAGAAAGUAACUGCCAGUGUGAUGGAGGUAAAUGCAUCACAGACACACAGACAAACUUCAGCUGAAGCUUCGUCACUGCCUCCUUCACCUCCUCCUCCCGUGGUGUCGAUUAACAGACCCUCUCUCUCACCUGACAGUGGCACCCACGCAGCAUCAGGCAUCUUGCCAACACGCGACCAUUUUUGGCCUUCACGCUUUUAUAGAACCCUGGCCCUUUCGCGUUUCUCAUAUACAUUCCCUUUCCUAGCUCCCGACAGUACCAUCCACAGGACUGAAACGGCCUCUGUCAUGACCGACUCAGCCAUGAGCGAGUUCUCUUCUCGCCCAGUGAGCGAGGCCUCCACUGCCAUUCUAGAUGAGCUACAGAGCUGUAACUAUGAUACUACUGACCAUUCUGAAACACCUUCCCCAACCUUGAGCCAGAUGUCUGCCGUGUCAGAUGGCACCACCUUAACCUCCACCGCUGCCGGCUCUCAUGCUCAGGUUACAGUGAACGGUAAUUCUAGUGCUGCAGCCAGCCCAAUGAGUCACUUUCAAAGGCCUUUCUCCCCUUCUUCAACCUACUCCCUGCCAGUCUCACUCAGUUCUAGCACCGUUCUCUUACAGCAGAGCAGGACAAUGGAAUCUGCAGAGACAUAUUCGCAGCAUGCUCAUUCUGUGGGCGUUGGCAGCAGCAGCACCAGCACAAUACCCAUCUGCAGAACUUCCGAGGAAGAGAAGAAAGUCACAGUCAUUAAAGCGCCACAUUAUGCAGGCAUCGGCCCAGUAGAUGAAUCAGGAAUCCCAACUGCAAUUAGAACGACAGUGGACAGGCCAAAGGAUUGGUAUAAGACGAUGUUCAAGCAAAUCCACAUGGUUCAUAAGCCUGAUGAUGACAUAGACAUGUAUAAUACUUCAUAUGCCUAUAAUACUGCAUACCCUGCUGCAAAGACACAGACAUACAGACCACUGACAAAAAGUACAUCUGACAAUGGCAUGGAGGCCUUCAAGAUCUCAUCCCCUGUACCUCCCCCACCUCCAGUACCACCAGUUCGUCCACGGCAGAGAUCUACUCAAGAAAAAAAUGAGUGGGACCCUCCUGAUAGAAAAGUGGACACACGCAAAUUCCGUUCAGAACCAAGGAGUAUUUUUGAAUAUGAACCAGGAAAGUCCUCUAUCCUUGAACAUGAGAGACCAACUGAUCGCAUAAACCCAGAUGACAUAGAUUUAGAAAAUGAACCCUGGUAUAAAUUCUUUUCAGAGCUGGAGUUUGGACGCCCGCCUCCUAAAAAGCUUUUGGAAUAUGUUCAAGAUAAUCAUCCAGGUCUUUCCAAUGAGACCUCCUUAUAUUACAGUCCAACAGACAGAGGCUUGGAGAGACCUUCUAGUUCUGCAAGUACUGCAAGUGACUAUAGGAAAAGAAGGAAGUCAGAGCCAGCAGUAACUCAUCAGAAGGCACAUAGUGAGCAAAAUGCAAACCGAACCAGCCUGGGUCGCACAGAUACGCAAAGCACAUAUUCUACACUUAGGAAGCCUGUUACAAGCUCUUCUCCAUCUUCUCCUUCACGAGCAAAAGGUGGGGAUAUUAGCAAAGUAUAUUCAUCCCUUUCCAGUUAUUCAGUGCCCAACCACAGCACCUCAAAUGAAGUAGAUUACUGUAAAACCUAUGGGCAGCGCCUGGCUGUCCCAAGUGACUCAAGAAGAGCAAUCAGCUACAAGAAUGGUUGGCAAAUGGCCCGUCAAAAUGCAGAAAUCUGGAGCAGCACAGAAGAGACCUCCUCUCCCAAGCGGAAAUCUCGGAGCUGCGAUGACCUGCUAGCUGAUGAGCGUUGUAGCUUUCCCGACACACAGAAUAAAUCAGAAAGCAUGGUGUCUCUGUUAUGUGAGGCAGAACCCAAAGAUGGUUCCUCACUGACCUGGGCCUCCCCCUAUGCUUUCGAGAGCCACGGUUCCAGUAGCUCAAAGGCACACCAUAGAUCUGCGCAUGACACACCAGGAUUCCUAAAAAUGUAUAAAAGAAUGCAUCGCAUCAAUCGUAAAGACUUGCUCAAUUCCGAGGUGAUCUGUUCCGUAAAGUCCAGGGUACUGCAAUAUGAAAAAGAGCAGCAUAAAGGCCUGUUCCAGGGCUGGAAAGAAUCCUCAACAGAGGAGGUCCCUAGAGACAUGGUGCCUAAUAGGAUUUCUGAAUUUGAAAAGUUAAUUCAGAAGUCAAAAUCAAUGCCAAAUUUAGGUGAAGAUGCUUUAUCAGCUGUAACCCUCCUUGAGCCCCCUAAAAAUGGCUUCUGCGCAAACCGCAGGUUUUCUAUUGAGUCCUUGCUGGAAGAAGAAAGUCAGAGUCGGCACACUGCAAAGGUACAGCGGAAUUAUAAACCUAAAACUCUGGUACCAAUUCACAUUGAAGUGACCAGCGAAGAGCCACAGAGAUCCCACAUGGAAUAUUCAGACAGUGACCAGGAUGGGGUAGUCUCCGAUCUCAGUGACUUCAUACAGAUAGAAGGCUCAUCUUUUUGUAGUGAAAGCGAUUUUGACCACUUUUCCUUUACAUCAUCGGAAAGCUUCUAUGGCUCAGGCCACCACCAUCACCAUCACCACCACCACAAGCAUCUCAUCAGCUCCUGCAAAGGGAGAUGUCCAGCAUCCUACACCCGCUUUACCACAAUGCUCAAACACGAAAGGGCUAAACAGGAGACUGCCCCGGAAGAGCCUAGAAGGCAAGAUUCUGACCCUGGCCUCUCCAAGAUAGCCUUCCUAGUCAGCCCAGUGCCUUUCCGGAGGAAAAAAACCACAGCCCCCAAGAAGCAGGCCGAAAAAACGAAAUGUAAAUCAACUGUCUUUGAUGCCCUGGACUCUGCUCUUAAAGACAUCUGUGACCAAAUCAAGGCAGAAAAACGAAGGGGAAGCUUGCCUGACAACAGUAUUUUGCACAGACUUAUUUCUGAAUUGCUUCCAGACAUUCCGAAAAGGAAUUCCUCCCUUAAAGCUCUUAGAAAGAGUCCAGUGCACCAGCCUUUUCAUCCACUGCCUCAAGAUGGUGCUAUGCAUUGUCCAUUGUACCAGAAUGAAUGUGGAAGAUUACCUCUCAGUGCCUCUUACCAAGACAUAGAUACAGCCAACAACGGCAGUCAAGAAAAUGAUAGUGCAUUAUAUUUCCAAGUAGACCAGGAAUCUCCUGGGAACUAUUCUGCUUUCACUGAUGUGGGUCGAAGUGCUACAAAGGAAAGAAGAGGAAUUCCAGAGAGAGAGAGGCUGCCAGCUAGAGCAGUAUAUGAUUUUAAAGCUCAAACCUCUAAGGAGCUGUCAUUUAAGAAAGGAGAUACUGUCUAUAUCCUCAGGAAAGUGGAUCAAAACUGGUACGAGGGCGAGCACUAUGGAAGAGUUGGGAUUUUUCCGAUUUCUUAUGUUGAGAAACUGACUCCCCCAGAAAAAGCACAGCCGGCAAGGCCGCCGCCCCCAGCACACAUUGCAGAGAUUGGAGAAGCUGUUGCCAAAUAUAAUUUCAAUGCUGAUACAAAUGUGGAACUGUCACUGAGGAAGGGAGACAAAAUAAUUCUCCUCAGGCGGGUUGAUCAAAACUGGUAUGAAGGCAAACUACCUGGAACCAACCGACAGGGAAUCUUCCCCGUGUCCUACGUUGAAAUUCUCAAGAAGAAUGCAGCCAAAGGUGCAGAUGAGCACUCUGCUCCUCCGAUACCCCAGAGUUACUCCAGUGACCGAAUACACAGUCUCGGUGCAUGUAAGUUGGAUUCCAAAGCAUCAUCCCCUCCACUCAGGUAUCGAUCCUCUUCUUGUCCAGAUUCUAAUAAAGGGAAUCUUCUGGCUGUCACCGAUGAAUGCUUAUCACUGACUCCUGGCUUUUCAUCUCCAUGCAUAUCUUCCCCUUCUCCUCCACCUUUUCCUAAAAGCCUUCUUUCCAAUUUAGAGGAACUCAGCUCUCUAGCUUUAAUAAGUUUGCAGAGUGCUCCAGAGCUCUCGGAUAUUAUCACUUCUCAAGCAGAGCAUGGCCAUUUUGUUCCAAUUGCCUCGCCAAAGGCUUUCCUCUCCUUCCCUGAAUCUCCAACAUCACCUCAGCCAUUCUCUUCAUCUACCUGUAAAUCACCUCCUCCAGUGACCCCGUUUCAUGACCAAGCACAUAAGCCCGAUCGCAGCAAUUUCAAAGAGAUGAGAGGAGCUCCCACUAUCAAGGAAAAGAAAAGCAUCUCAGGCAUGGCUCCAGAAAUGCGAGGAAUAGCAGGCCCUGGGCCUCUUGUAUGCAAAGAGCAGCCAUUAUUCAGAGCACUGAUGGAGACUGACAAGCAGGAAGAAGAAAUCUGUGAAGAGCUGCUAUCGAUAAUCCAACCAGGGCAGUCAAAAUGUAAAAAUUCAGGUUUCUACAGACGUGCCCCUGACGUAACAGAGCAACUGGUGAGGCUUCACAUAGAGGAAGAGCCAGGCCAAGACAAUUUAGAAUCACCAGUAACAAUUAAGACAGAACCUAUGACACCUUGUGAAGGGAACAUUGCACCAGAUACUAAAAAAGAGGUAUUUAAACUUCCUAAGAUAAAUUCCUGCAUUGGCAUUGUUAAUUCAAGUCUAACCAUUCCAUUUUGUGUAUUUCUGCAUGUGUCUUUCUACUAUAAAUUGCCAUUUGGAAGAGUAAAAGCACACUAAGACACAACCCUCUCUUAUUCCUGAUUCCAUUCCUUCAGAGAUAGGAAGAAAUGUAAACCUGUACUAUAAUACUCUUCUGAUCUGAAUCCUUCCUUCCUUCCUUCUGUUCUUCCGUCCGUCUGUCCGUUCUUCCUUCCAGCUGCCAUGAAUUCUGGCUCUGAGCAGGAAUGCAGAAACAGUUGGCCUCUUCCAUGGGGCCUUUGGUGAGGGAGGCAUAGUCCUCAAUCCACCUUUGGACCAACCUAGAACUUACAUUAAAUGUGCAAUUGCACUGGCACAUCUUACCUAAAAAUAGCAACCAUGGGGGUCCUAAUCUAGCUUGGGUCCAUGGCACAGAGGAAGGGCUUCUUGAUCCUUUAACACCCACAUGAUUUUCCCAAUGAUUCCCCACAGUUGUGCAGCUAUUCUCCUAGAUGGGAAGCUGCUCUUUGUGUGGUUAGCAGUUUUCCUCUGGGCAGGUAGAGGCUUCUGAGAUAAGGAAAUACCUAUCUGCUUUAGCUCUCUCACUACCCCAACAUAGCUGUUAAUUUUAAAGGUUAAAUAUAUGGUAUGAUUUAAUCUUUAAUAUGAUUAUUAUUAUAAAUCCAAUCAUGUAUUUAAUGUAUCAUCCAAUUUGGCCCCAAGAACCUUCAAUAAGUCCUUCAGCAAAUUGUCCAUGUAUUUUUAGUUUGCUAUCUAAUUUAACCUGCUGGUUUCCAAGAUGUUAUUCAUUCUGAGAAUUCCCACUGAACUUAGUGCUGUCUCACAUUAUCCAUACACAGGAGAUGCAUAACUCUAAUUCAAUGAAAUAUGAGGCCCAUUCAUGCAGUCCUUGUUGGUAGCAACCUACCAUGUAGUAUUUAAUUCAAAGUGCCUGUUGCAUUAGGUACUUAGCAUGCAGCUCCUUCUCUUGCUUUUGUUCACUGUCAUGUAAUCAUGUGGAGCAGGAUUCCAUACAAGGACCACAAUGUGAACAGAAAUAGAAUCCUUCCCCCUUCUGAAACCUCCCUCUUAAAAAUUGGUCCCCACAAGGCAUUAAAAAGGGGGAAGGGGGAGCCUGCAUGAGCACAAGUAGAAUUUCUUCUUCUUCUAAAUGGCCAAGUGAGGGCUGAAUCCUUUCCUCCUCAUGGGCAGUGGUCCACAUUCGGAUCAGAGAGCCCCAUGUGCUUUCUUUGGAAUAUUCUCACAACAGCAGGGGUUGCCCACACCCAGUAUAAAUUCGCCCUUCAGCCAUUAAUGAAAAAAAGAAACAGCCAAAAUUUGGUGGAUCUACCAAAUUUUAAUCAAAGUGUGCUCAAAUAUUUGCAAUAGUUUCACUCAUAAGAAUGAGGAAAGUGCUUUCAAGUUCAAGUGUUCGGCUGAGAUUGUUUCGGCAGUGUAAUGUUACAUCUCUCCUUAGAGAGAUGUGAUAUCUCAGCUAUGGCACAUGUUUAUUUAGUUAAUGUGGUUUUGAAACACCCCUCCACUCAGUGCAGGCUCACAAUAAAACCAUAGGAGCAAUUUUUUUAAAAAACUAAAAAUAGAACAGACAAAAUUCAUGAAUUACAAAACUGGGCAAAUGAACCUUCUGAAAUCAAGGAGUGGCAUUAACCACUGAAAGUUUGGCAGAACGGUAAAAGUUUUUGCCAACUGCCUAUCGUCCAAUAAUGAGAGGGCCAGCCUAACUUCCCUGGGGAAGAGAUUUCAGGGCUGGGUGCCACUGCACAAAAGGCCAUGAGUUGGCCUCCCACCAACCAAAUGACUCACAGAGAAGAGACACUUGGGGCCUCUCUUGAAGAGCACGCGUGUUCUAUAACCCUGAAGUCCUUGCUGCCAAAGGAUGACAUAAUUAAAGAGGGUAUUCAGUGUCCUGCACAGUGUGUAGCCCACCAAAUUAACAGCCUUCCACUGCCAUGCACUGUGACCUGCCAGGUUGCUUGCAAGUAGACAGACAGAUGGACAGAAGAACACACAUUUUUUUGCUGCCCAGAGCAGGCAGAAUAAAAAUGGAAUACAUAUUCAGGGCCCUGAUAGUUUUCAUUUAAUGUAGAGGGAUAGAAAUUGUUCCAGUCUGCUCAUUAAGUCAGACUGCUCAUCUAGUCCAGUCAUUAAGAGCCUGAUCAAAUCCAUGAAAAAAAUACACUUCAGGCCCUUGCCUUGAAAAUAGAACAUGCAGCCCAUCUCCAAGAAUGGCAGGCAUUAACUAUCCUUGAUGUAAAUCAUAGAUCUUACAGGUAACGGCUGUGAUGCAACACGCCUUUUCCACGCAUGUACGUGGCAUGCACAGUCACUGUCUGAGUCUCACUCAACAAUUAUUUAAAAUAUGGGAGAAUUUAAAAUGUAGCUUGCCAGAUUAAGGAGCAGGGCUCUUCAGUCCAGGAAAACAAGCCAGCAUUCCUGCUGAGCACAGACUGUGCUUCUAGUAACUCUACAGGUAAUGAGCUAAACCUGCUGAACACCGCAGUCUGUGGGUGGGUUGAGGGGGGCGCAUCUCCUUUCACUGAUGGUGGUACAGUAUUCCUCUCUGUGCUUUACCAUUGCAAUUGCUCUUCCACACAAUUAUUGUCGCCUCUCUUUAAAUGUUCAAGCCAGCUUCACCUCCAUGUGGGAUGCAAGCAC